AUUCUCGGGGAACCGAUGAACGCUUCCAGUUUUGACACAAUUUCAAUCUCAACGCUAUCCAAAGUGGCAGUGCUGAGCCUAAGAUGAUCAACACUGCAAGCCCCUCACAGCCUCGCAUCCCUCACCUGAAUCUGCGCCCGCAAAGGUCCAACUCCUCAGCUGAAAGGAGUGACUAAACUACUCGUAGAUAACUAGCACCGCAAGGCUGCGCCUCUUUAAUCUAUGGAUAUGAAACGCGGCGCCUGAUGGAUUGACAACAUCCCUCACGCCUGCUCGCGAAGAAGAAUGCGACUGUCUGGGUUGUCAAAAUCAUUGUCCUUCAUAUAUUCCUUCUCCUUCUGUUCACAAAUUUUAUCGCCAUAUGCUUGAUAGCACCGCACGCUACCUGGUGCAAUAUAAGAAAAAUCAUGGUGGUAACAGCGGGUUUGGUUUUUAUCGCCAAUAAGUGAUAAUACUCGAUCGACUCAAGCGGACAGAUACUCUUAAUGGAUCCUAUUUCUGCUUUUGGUUUGAUUUCUGGAGCUGUCCAGAUUGUUCAGGCCAUAAGCCAGACAGUUGCGGGGUUGGCGACGCUCCGUGGGAAAUUCAACAAUGCAGACCUCACGAUUCGCUCACUCAUAGGAGAACUCACAACCAUCAAGUCUGCGGUCACUCAAUUAGAUGAUUGGGCUAAGUAUAAUGCUCGCGAUUCCGCCGAACACAAUGAUUAUGAUGAAGGACUGGACGUGGCCUUGGAGGGCUGUCGAGCAGCCAUGGACGUUCUCUCCGAGGAAGUCUCUUUCCUGACUCAAAACACCACAGGCAAUGGUACUUCAAUUGGUUUCCGAACUAAAGUCAAGGUAGUAUGGAAUGAAGAAAUUAUGCAAGGACACCAGGAGAGACUUCGUGCACAAGUCCUAGCUCUCCAACUGCUGCUGCAGGCAUGUCAAUGUCGGACUUCCUCAGAGCAGAUAGAACUCCUACGAAGAGUAGAAAGCCGCCAAAUUAUCCAGAAGGUCGCCGACGAUACUGCUACCCUUCGAACUCGGAGCAAUUACGCAGCCUCUCAUGCUGACAGUCUGGGUCAAAAUCAACCCUCCGUUGGCGAUACCGUGUUCGAUUUCGAUGAUACCGUAGUUACAUCUAUGGCCUAUAGGCGCGCACUUCAGCAUUCGCGGUCGAAAUCAGAACAACAAACUCCCAUCGGUCAUGACACUCGAAGCAGGACUACUGAUGAAGGCUAUGCUAGCGGCAUGGUAGUCACUCCAAAUGGGUCCUUAUCGCCAGGUGUUUCUCCAAUACAGCAAAUGGGGAGUAUAUCGUUGCCUAUACGUCCCUACGACCCAGUGUCUCCGGAACAUAGCCGCAGCAAGAGUGCAUCAUACAAUACCAACCCACUACAAUCGGGGAAGGGGAAUGUCGGGCGAUGGCAGUCAGACUCAACGUACUAUUCACGAACACCCCAGUCGUCAGGAUCCAAGCGUGAAAGGCUCCGCUCAGUCCUUCGUCGGCUAAGCACUCCCAUUGGAGCCGAACUGAAAGUGAUAGACACGCGAGAUAUGGCAGUUAGCCCUAUACGAGACCGCGAAAGUGAUACGGGCGCUAGUAUUGACUUUACUUCACCCGAGGGUGCCUCUGCGCCGCAAAUUGUCAAAACAGCUCAGACAGGAACCCCAUUUGACAUUGAAAAACUUAUUGAAAGUGGUCAUGACGUUGAAGCACGACAUAUUCAUUCUCGCAGAAACGCUCUCCUAGUAGCAGCUCACUGUGGUAAUGAGCAUAUCGUCAAUCUCCUAGUUCGUAACAACGCUCGGCUCAAUGUUGUUGAUGGAUGGGGAUGUACAGCCCUUCACCUUGCUGCCUCACGUGGUCAUUGUGGAGUUCUCGCUUUGCUUCUCCUUGAGAAUCUAGAUUUGGAGGCUAGAAACUCUCACGGUCAAACCGCUCUCUGGAUUUCAGCUGCUAGAGGCCAGCGUAAGACCACCCGGGUGCUGAUAUCAAAUCAUGCGAAGGUUAAUGCCAGAGCGGAUAACCAGAUGACAGCUCUUCAUGCUGCAGCAAAACGGGGAGAUGUGGAAAUUGUACAACUUUUGAUCUUACAUGGUGCGGACCUGGAAGCUAAGGAUGCUGCUAUGAAAACAGCCUUGCAUUACGCAUGUGAGGAAGGGAGUCUUAGUGUCAUUGAGCUUCUUCUCAAUAAUAAGGCAAGCAUCGAGGUUCCUGGAAAUGAUCGAAGGACUCCAUUGAUUUGCGCCGCAGCGACGGGCAAGUUAUUGGUAGUUCAACUUCUACUGAAGAGAAAAGCCUCUUCCCGAAGCUCUGACGACUCUGCUAUGACAGCUCUACACUGGGCUGCAUUCAACGGUCACACGGAAAUUGUGGAUCUUCUUUGUCAAAAGAAGGGCUCAUUAGCCAUGGCAAACGUGGCGGGGCGUACGGCUUUACACCUAGCUGUUAUGAACGCACAGUUUGCGGUAGUGGAGCUGCUGCUCCGUAAGAAAGUUUCUUUGCGAACUCGAUGUCAAUCUGGACUUGAUCCUCUUCACUACGCUUGUAUGACAGAUAGUCUUGAAAUUGCGAGAUUACUACUGAUUAGUGGCUCUGACAUCGAGGCUCAAGCCGAUGGGGAUCAGCGAAGACCGGUGCAUAUCGCUGCUGCUCGUGGCUCAAUGGGGUUGCUUAGCCUCCUUUGCGACAAAGGUGCUUCCUUGGAUGCACGGGAUGCGGUGGGAGACCGAGCUCUGUGUGUAGCAUGCCGGCAUGGGCACGCUGCUGCGGUUCAAAAACUGCUCGAACGGGGAUCACCCUUAUACCAAAGAUUUGGGACCGCUCUGCACGAAGACUCUCCACUAUGUCUGGCAGCAAUGGGCGGUCAUCUUGCGGUGGUAACCCUUCUAUUGCAACAUGGUGCAUCUGUUCUCAGACGGGAUGAAAUGGGAUGGCAGCCCUUCCGUUAUGCAGCCUAUUAUGGACACCCUGAAGUCCUUCGGCUUUUACUGUCUGUCAGUCCGGAAUUGGUUGAAGACGGUCCAGACUUCAGUCUCACCGCAGACAGUAUUGGAUUUGCUCUCCACGUACAUAUCUCCGAGGAACGCAAAAAGGCAGUAUCAAACCUACUGAACCAGGCCUAUAGACAACGUGCCCGGACGGAACCCCAGAACUUGCCACCGUCCUUGUUCAAUGGCGCUUCAAUGUCUACACCCUUGCCACGCCCCUUGCAGGGUUCACCUUUUGAAUAUGUGUCUGACCAGGGUCCUGCGAGUAAGGUAAUUCCUCAAGAGUUGCCAUCUACUUUGGAACACGGACUUCCGAGUAGCAGGUCUCAUACUCCGGAACAAAUGCAUGGAGACCCUCGAAAUCCUCAUGUUGACCCCAACUCUCUUGGAAAUGUGCAGCCGAUUAUGAGCAUGAAUGAACAGGUUUUAUCGUGGGAUAAUGGACCAACCGAGACUACUUCUGUCGCGCAACCCCAAGCCCUCCCAGCCUCAGCAUCCCGAUUGUUAGACAGAACGAACGAUCCCCCCGAAGAGAUUGGUCCAGAAAGAAGGCCUGAAACCACUGACGAUCCCAGAUCCCAUUUAUCCUUCAAACCCCCUGAUCCCAACCAUGGUUUUCAAUAUCCAGCCAUUUCGAUGCCCCAACAUAACGUGGCUUCAAGCUCUACGAGGGAAAAUUUCGCAACAAUUAUGUCACCAGAAUUUGAAUCUACUCAAUAUGGACAUACCCCCUCGCGGUCUACAUUCGUCUUUGACCCUUUGGAUGAAGAGCCCGGGCUCUCUGAUUCAGAGUCCAUUACAACUGUAUAUACUGCCCUAGAAGAGUCAGCCACACAUGACAAUGUUCAUGAAUUAGCUGCUUCGUGAGUAUAAAAUCUUGGGGCUAUUCUAUAUUCUAUAUCCUGGUUGUUUCUGGCUUAUAUGCUGGGAUGCCAUUUAUCUCACAAAUUUUAUUAUCAUGACAAUAAUGAAUACAAAGCCACGCAAUGUGUUUUAUGA